CCAACAGGGGAUUUCCACAAACGAAGAGAGUGCAGCAUACCCCAAGCAGGAGAGAGAAAGGACUAUAGAACAACUUGUAGAAGUCAACAUUUGUGAGCGUUGAAGAACCAUAACAGCCAGCACAUAAUUAUGGCAUCUGAUCAGCCUUCAUUACCUCCAGGUGACCCUGUUUGCCCAGCGUGUCAGGCCGAGGGGUCACUCCUGCUCCCCUGUGGACACAGCUUAUGCCAGUCUUGCUUACAGUUGUGCCAGCUCGAGUUAGGACAUGAGCAGCAAAGAUGCACUGAGUGCUAUGGACGGGAGCUGCUUGAAAAUGUCCUCAAAGGCCUGUUUGACUCCAUAUUUCUAGGUCAACCUCAACGAGACAGGACCCGGGCCGAGCUGGGGCUAGGCUUCAUCCAGGAAGACAAUAACUGGGCAGAUGGUGGUAAGGCGUGUGCUAGGCAUGGUGACAGACUGACUCUGUUCUGCAUGGAGGACGAGGAGCUGAUCUGUAGUCAGUGCCAGGGAGAAGAUCAUGAGGGUCACGACUGUAAUACUACAGAGGAAGCAGCUCUGGAGUGCAAGAGAGAGCUGCGGUUUGCAUUGACACCCUUACAGGAGAAGCUGGAGACCCUAAACACAACCAAACAAAUCUGCCAAGAGACAGCAGAUCACAUCAGGCGGCAGACCCAACAUACAGUGCAGCUGAUAAAGGCUGACUUUGAGAAGCUGCAGCAGUUCCUCCGGGAUGAGGAGGCGUCCAUGCUCGCAGCUCUGAUGGAGGAAGAGGAGCAGAAGAGUGGCAAAAUAAAGGAGAAGAUUGACAGGCUAACAGAGGAGAUUAUGUCUCUGACUGAAACCAUUAAGUACACUGAGGAGGCCAUUUCUUCUGAAGACUUUGAAUUUCUAAAGAACUAUAAGAAGGCGUCUGAAUGUUACAGGGUGGAGUGCACACCACAGGACCUUAAAGAGAUGAACGGAGCUCUGCUUGAUGUGGCCAAAUAUCUGAGCUGCCUCAAAUUCAGAGUCUGGGAGAAAAUGCAAACUGUCGUCACAUACACUCCAGUGACCCUUGACCCCAAUACAGCAGAUGCGUACCUAUCUCUAUCUGACGACCUCACUGUCCUGCGCUACACAGAUGAAGAGCAGCAGGUACCUGAUAACCCCGAGCGCUUCUGCUACUACAAGUGUGUGCUCGGGUCUGAGGCCUUGGGGACAGGCCGCCACAGCUGGGACGUGGAGGUAGGCGACAGCACUGAGUGGGCACUCGGGGUGGCGUAUGAUAGUGUGCAACGGAAGGAGUGGUUUUCACUCAGUCCUGAGCAUGGCAUUUGGACCAUGUGCCUGCAUGGAGGUCACUAUCGGGCACCGAACUCUACCAACGAGCCGAUUCCAGUUAAGAAGAAACCACAAAGAGUGCGAGUUCAGCUGGACUGGGAUGUGGGGAGGGUCACGUUCUCAGAUGCUGCAGAUAACACACUGAUCUACAGGUUUAAAGCCAAGUUCACUGAGAAACUCUAUCCAUAUUUCUCUAACUCAUGUAAAAGGCAUCCUCUACGCAUCCUUGCUGAGAAAGUGUCUGUGUACACAGAAUAGCUCAGGAAAGAUCACACUGAAAGAGUUGGAAGAAUAAAGUAGCAGAAUAAUGUCACGUCAUACUGUUGAUGUAUGCAUACAGUGCUGUGAAAAAGAAGUUGAUUUCUUCUGUUUUUGUGUAUAUCUCAUACUAUAUAGUUUUAGAUCUUCAGAUGAAAUACAACAUAAAACAAAGUCAACCUGAGUAAACACACAGUACAGUUUUUAUUUAUUUAUUUAUUUACUUUUAUGGAAGAAAAAACGUUAUUCAACACCUAUCACCAAUGUAAAAAAUUAAUUGCACCCUUAAACUUAAAAUCUGGUUGUGUCAUCUUUAGCAGCAAUAACUACAACCAAAUGCUUCCGAUAACUGGAGAUCAGCCUUUCACUUACUUUUAGGACUAGGACUUACUCCUAUGCUUUGGACCAUUGUCUUGCUGCAUAAAUCAGUUGUGCUUGAGUUUCAACUUACUGACUGAAGACCGGAUAUUCUCUUUAGGAUUUUCUGGUAGAGAUCAGAAUUCAUGUUUCCCUCAAUUAUUGCAAGUUGCCCAGGCCCUGAAGCAGCAAAGCAUCCCCACACCAUCACACUACCUCCACCAUGCUUGACUGUAGGUAUGAUGUUCUUUUUGUGGAAUUUCGUUUUUGGUUUAUACCAGAUGUAACAGGAACCCUUCCAAACAGUUUCACUUUCGACUCAGUACGGGGCAAAUACAUUUUCACACAGGCCCAGCUGCUAUUGGAUAACUUUUUUGCUUCAAUAAAUAACAUAAUAAUUUGUGUUUACUCAGGGUGCCUUUGUUUUAUCUUAGAUUUAAUUUUAAUCUCUGAAACAAUUUAGUAUGACAUAUACACAAAAACAGAAGAAAUCUGCAAAUACUUUUUCACAGCACUGUAAAAUAAGAAGACAGAUAUGAACGAAGCCAGAAAUAAUCUGAAAUAGUAAUGUAAUGGUACGUCCUACAAGGACAUCUGAAAUAAGCGUUCACAAGGUAAUGUUAUGGUUUAGUGAUGUAUAGUCACAGCAAGGUAAAACUAUAUUUCUACAUUGCUUUAAAUGAUAUAUUAAAGGACUAAUAAUCCUCCUAAAACACUAUUUUCCUAUUAAAAUAAUUCAGUACUUUCACUGCCAGUGCAACAGCAUAUUAUUUAGUGACCCCCCCCUCUUUAAAUUAUGAAAAAAUAUGGCCUUUACUUUAGAAUAAAUAAAGAAAAAAGAAAGAAAAUAUGAUAAUGGGAUUUCAAGACAAUCUGGCACUGAUGCUGGGUAUCAGUACUUUUAAUCCUGUACUAGGAGUGAGCAAUAUUAUAAUGAGCUAAGGUUAUCAUGAUACAUACACUUUUCAUAAUCAUGAUACACUUUUCAGAGACUAUCAUUAGAAGUGUUUUGUUAUAGGUUCUUAUUAUUUGUAAGAAAAUGAUGCAAUUAAGUGUAUGCUAAUUAAAAAUCAGCUUUAUCUAGAUGUAUUCUCACCUAAAUUGAAAUAAAAAGAUAUCGACUUUGGAAUAUUCUGAAAAGGUUUCCUGAAAAUAUGAUAUUAUUAUUAUUAUUAUUAUUAUUAUUAUUAUUAUUUAGAGAUUAUGCAAUACAGUAAUGAGCUAUACGUUUAGGCCUUUAAACCAAUUUAUAUACAGUAUGUGCCAUAUAUACAAAAAUAUUAAUAGAAUUGUAAUGUACAGCUAUAGGAGUGUCUUCACAAAUGUAAGCUUUUUCACCUUUAACCCACUCAUCUAAUUCUUAUUCUAAUGCAUAAUUUCAUCAAACGCCAUUGAUGCUAAUCUGAAAUGUUAAUGUCGGGAAACAGUAAUCUAUUAUGUGUUAUACUGUAGCUGACUCUGCUCAAGUAAUAAUAAUGACUUUGAACUAUUUGCACUUGCAUUUGCGAUGUCAGUUAUGCAUGAAACAGGCAAAUACUGUAAAUGUACAUUAGUGCAAAGCAGUAUUAUGUUUGGGCAUGGAGGCAGGAACUGCAUGCAGAAUAUUAAUUUCGCUUCAUAAUCACAAAGAACAGUGAUAAACAACUGUGUAUAUGUCAUGUGGCACUGCAUGCAUGGACAUAUAUAAACUAACUAUGAGGAUUUUACAGAUACAUCUACCCGUUAUAUUGUAUUAUGACAUAAUAGUAUUAAAUGGCAAAGCAAUAUAUAUCUUUCAUUCUUAUAGUAUUAUUUGUGCAAUCAUUUUACAAUCCCUAAUGAUGACUAAUAAGUGUAUAUAAAAAUUAAUGCUCUUUGCUUAACCAGAGUUCACUGGACAAAUCUAACACUGAUUAACUAUAACAUACAUAAACAGUGAUGAAAUGGCCUGUGUUUACACCGGACUGAAGAGACUCUCGAGACAAGCGUGUCCUCUCAUAUGCACCUGUCUCUUCUCAUCAGCACUAACCCUUCUGUAAUCUGUCUCACCAUUUCCAAGGACAUUUGGCACACAGAUGUGUUUUUAAGUGUUCAUAUCAGACAUAGCCGAGCUGGGGAAUGAGGGCAGGAAUAUGUCAGCUACAGUGCUCUCCACUAAUAUUGGCACCCUAGGUAAAUAUGAUCAAAGAAGUCUGUGAAAAUAUGUCUUUAUUGUUUAACCUUUUGAUCUUUUGUUUAAAAAAAUCACAAAAAUUCACAAAAAUACUCUGCUCUCAUGGAUAUCAACAUAACAAAAGAUCUAAAGGUUAAACAAUAAAGACAAAUUGCAGGUACCAUGUAUUUUUUUUUUACUAUAAGCCUAAUUAACAAGGCAAAAAAUUGGUAGCUAAUGUAACGUAAUAAAGUAUGGAGAGCUAGCUACCUAAUUCAAUGCAUUGACACAGACACAACUGAGUAUAUAAUUUCGUAGCAUUAUAGUCUGUUUAUAGUCUGAAAUGGCCGGUGUUUGCUAUACGCUGUAGUUUUCUCCCUUCACAUUGCGUUGUGUUGGUGUGUUGCAAUACUAUAACCAAAUAAAAACUUUUGUUUUGUAAAAUGA